UUCUCACGGGUCACCCCUUGUCUAAGAUACCGUGGGAAUCGGCGAAUUUUUAUCUACAAGCAACAAAUCCAAGUGACUGUAUCUUGUGCUUCACAGCUUCACCCAACUGCUGCUUCGAUUAAAGAUGGAAAGUGCAGGACCAUCGACCCACCAUAUCGUCCCCGAUGUUACAUCGGACUCAAUGACUUCCAGAGACUAUUAUGCGGAUUCAUACGCGCAUUUUGGUAUCCACGAGGAAAUGCUUAAGGAUACUGUCCGGACAGGAUCCUAUCGUGCUGCGAUCAUAAACAAUGGUCACCUCUUCAAGGGUAAAACAGUCCUAGAUGUUGGUUGCGGAACUGGCAUCUUGAGUAUGUUCGCUGCAAAAGCAGGUGCUUCACACGUAGUUGGUAUCGACAUGUCGAAUAUUAUCGAUCAAGCUCAAAAGAUUAUAGAAGCAAACGGCUUCAAAGACACAAUUACCCUUGUUAAGGGAAAACUUGAGGAAGCCGAGCUUCCUAUCGAUCAAUUCGACAUCAUCAUUUCAGAGUGGAUGGGUUAUUUCCUUCUCUACGAAUCUAUGUUAGACACCGUCUUGCUCGCAAGAGACAAAUAUCUCAAGCCGAAAGGAUUGAUAUUCCCCGACACCGCAAAAUUACUUUUUGCUGCCAUUGAAGAUCAGGACUACAAAGAGGAGAAGAUCAACUUCUGGGAUAAUGUGUAUGGCUUCGACUACUCGUGUAUCAAAGACAUCGCGCUCCGCGAACCUUUGGUGGAUACCGUUGAGCUCAAAGCGGUCGUUACUGAUCCCUAUGUUAUCAAAGAAAUCAAUCUCUUGACAGCAACAAAGGAGGACCUGACUUUCACAGCACCUUUCAGCCUUGUUGCUACACGCGAUGACUAUGUACAUGCAUUCCUCGCUUGGUUCGACAUCGUCUUCGAUUGCACACAUAAGAAAGUCAAGUUUUCAACUGGCCCUCAUGCGCAAUACACGCACUGGAAGCAAACAGUGUUCUAUACCCCCUCGACAAUCACUAUCAAAAAAGGGCAGGAAAUUACUGGCGAAAUCUCUUGCGCACCGAACAAGCGGAACAACCGCGAUCUUGACAUUGCCAUUUCGUAUGCAGUUGGUGGCGAGGAAGAGGAGACAACAGUGGAUUACAAAAUGUAUUAGCUUGGAUACACUGACAUUGCAGCCCAUCUGGCUUAGUUCUUGUGUUAUACAUCUGCAUCAAACUUACUGUUGUUUGUUGCAUCAUUAGAGUACACCAUCUCAUUUACCGGUUGGUUGACCAUGUGCGAGUUAUGCCGGUCACCCAAACAAUCGCCUUCCUUGAGUUUACAGAUUCCGUGACAGCGCCAAUAAGUAUCAAUUCGUUCCUCAACAA